GCCAUUUAUUGAAAUGAUAAGAAUACACAUAACAAUAAAAUAAAAAUCGGGAUAUAAAAGUAACUCCAAUAAAAUACUUCAUUACAUUGAGCAACUAGUUUAAUAACAAACACAUUUUGGUACUACAUAAAGUAAAAUACAUUAUAAUUAUAUUUAUUUUCAAAGUACAAUUCUUUGUCACAGAAGAUAUAUAGCUUCACAUGUUUCCUGCGACGAGCUGUGUCUUCUACUUCACAUUGUUCAACACUCUCGUUCAAAUUAAAAGUCUUACCGAGACGCCGCCGGACGCUGAGGUUCCCUACAUAUUGUCGACUGAGGCUGUGUUACGGAGCACAAUCAACGGCUUAUUCUCCUCUCUAAAGUACAACUUCGACCUCCACAAAGGGAAGGUAAAACAAUACUCAGUUAUUCAUAACUUCUUUAUUUCUAUAACUUUGCAAGAUCACCUCAAUCUGAAGGAAAUUGCGAGACUAACAAAACUAACCAAAGCCGAUAACAGCAUUGAUAUUUUUAUUACGAAAUUAAAUGAAGUAUUAAAUGAAGAUAAUAAAAGUGAUGAAGCCACUGACGAGGUUUACGUAACAACGCUUAUCGCAGCGUUUCUGGAAAAUAUUGAAUUUUUAAAAGAAAUAUAUGGCCUUAAUAAUAAUGUUACUAUUUUUGAUGUAAAUAAAGACGUACUGCAACAUUUAAGAGCAAGUGAACACUUUUAUGAAAAUGUCACGAACAGUUAUAACGACAAUGACACGUUAAGCGAGCUGUUAGCUUCAGGAAAUGCAACUAGACGCAGCGCAGAUAAUGAAACGAAGCAAGUCCUACUCGAUGAUAUUGAAUAUUGGCAACCCAGUGGUCGGCGCAUCUAUCAGGGUCAUAAGUCUAAGAUUACAAAGUUCCCGUUCAUGGCCGCCAUCCAGUUCUUCAAAAAGUUCCGAUGUGGUGGAUCCAUCAUUAAAUCUGAUCUGGUCAUCACCUCGUCGUCUUGUUUACAAUUAGCCUGGAACAACCGUUUUUAUCGUGAGAACCCCGCGUUCCUGUCAGUGCAAGUCGGUUCUAAUUUCUACGAGGCUGGGGAUGAGAAUAUCCCAAUUGGCGAAAUCUACUUUCACCCUAAUUAUAAUCCUAAAAACUUACGACACAAUCUCGCUAUCAUACGCCUCACGAGAAUACUAAGAUUUUCAUGGAAAAUAGAUAAAAUUAAGAAGAUUGAUUUCGACAGAUCUCCUUUGCCCUUAGCAACAAACACUGACGGAAUACUUAUAGUUGGUUGGGGUUCUAAAGAUUCGAGCAACUUAGUAAGAAAUCCGUGGUACAAUCAGUUGUCCCACUCUAUUUUAGACUAUUAUCCACUGGAAGAAUGCCAAGAGAUAUACUCCAAGGAAUUCGUCACGGAGAGACAUUUCUGCGCGGGAUUUUUCUCAAAAGGAGGCGGAGCGUGUAACCGUGACUCUGGUGGCCCCGGUGUUGUAGACGGGAUCCUCUAUGGAGUCGUCAGCUUCGGAUCGCCAAGUUGCGGUGCACCCGAUGCUCCUACCGUGUUCACCAAGUUAGGCUUUUACACCGACUGGAUCGAAAAUAUACUAGAAAUGGUUAUACCAAAACUCAAACUUGGAACUACGACCAGAGGACCUUUCCUACCACGUACAUUUGUUUUACCAAUUGGUAAUGAUUACGAAUUAACUACAAGUAAGAUUGUGCCCGUGGGCCUUGAAAAUCAAGCAACAACUGGAGUGCCAGUGCUUCUAGACUAUAAUAAUGAGGUUAUACCUACUUUACCUCCUCACCUUCAUAGAGAACUUAGAACAGAUGACAUGUUUAAGAACUUUCUUUCGACCAUGUUUGAAAGUCAUCAAGUUGAGGAUUAUCUUGACGAGGUAUUAAAUAAAAAUGACGACGAAAAACAAAAUGAAAAUUCUGAAUCUGCUACAGAAUUUUCAUCAGCAAGAAAACCUGCCAAACAGCUCAAGAGAAAACCAAUAGAGCGCAUAAACAAAAUAAUGAAAAAGAAUAAGCAAACAACGAUAGAUGAUGUUGACACUUAUGAAGAGAGUAAACAGGUAACUGUAAUGGAUAUGAAACAAUUUAAUUUGGGAGAGUUAGACGACAUGCAGGACGCGUUACUGAAAUCCCAUAAACAACCUAAAGAAGAAACUAAGUUUUAUCAUCCUAAACUUCCCAAACCUCCUAAACCUCCUAAACCAUCUAAAACAACUAAAGAACCUAAAUCAACAAAUGCAUACAAAACAUCCAAAACUUUAAAACCGCAUAAAUCACAUCAUAGAAUAUCUUCUGAUGAAGAUGAUAAAAAAGUUGAAGAAGUCAUUGUAAGUCUCAUUGACCAUCUUGACGUACAAAAUAUUUUGCAAUCUAAAUCUAUUGAAAGCAUUAUAUCCACUUCGCAAGAAGAUUCUCAAGAAGGUUCAAAAGAAAACAUGAUAGAUGUACUUCGUAAUCAAGAAGCAAUGAAGGAAGCAGAAGAAAAAAGAAAACUGGAUAAAUAUCAAGAAGAAUCAGUCAUGUCACCGAAAUUAGAUCAAGCGACCAUUAAAGAGAUCGCAAAAGUUAUGAAUAUGGAUGAAUCAGUGCUAACUUUCCUGUAUUUAAAUAACAUGAAAAAUAAACAUAAUGCAACACUAAAGAAAAAGGAAAUUGGACCUGCUAGAUUUAAAAUUACUCAUAAACGUCAAGAUUUAUACAGAGAACAAACAAACGAGGAAGAACCCGUUGAAAGCAAUAUCGGUGGAGAAGAACUUGGUAAUGAUGAAGAAUAUGAUAGUGAUGAUGAUUCUGAAGAUGAGUACAAAGCGUUGAGUAUUCAAGUGAAUCAAGAUGAGGCAACACCCGACAAACACAAUAGCAAGGAUACACUCGAUGUGGAAGAUAUUUAUCAAAAGUUAUUAGAUCUUGUUAGAAAAGAAAAACUAAAACAAGCUUAGAAGCUGUUGUGUAGUAA